AUGGCUUGCUUACAUGAUCACAGCUGCGAAGAGCAUGAUUGUUCUUCUGAUUGGUCUCUCUACAAGCAUAUAGACCUCCCCAAGGUUUCGGCUUUGAAUGAGGCGGUUCCAGGAAGUGUCAAGUCGGUUUUUAAAGCUUGGGAGCAACGGCUGAAUUCUACUGGGGAACACUUGGAGAGCAAUGAGGGUGAUCCCGAGUUACUUAUUUACAUUCCAUUUACAUCAGAUGUCAAGAUCAAGAGCAUAUCAAUUAUUGGCGGUGCUGAUGGAACAAGUCCUAGCAAGAUGAGGGUGUUCAUCAACCGAGAUGGCAUUGACUUUUCAGAUGUUCAAGGAAUGCAAGCCAUUCAGGAGUGGGAUUUGGUCGAAAAUUUUCAAGGAGUGUUGGAGUACCAGACAAGGUAUUCCAAGUUUCAAAACGUGGCCAGCAUCACAUUGCAUUUUCCUGAUAGUUUUGGUGGUGAUACAACUAAGAUAGAGUACAUUGGCUUUAAAGGCGAAGCUACUCAGUUGAAGAGGGAUGUUGUUGCAACAAUUGUUUAUGAACUCAGGCCAAAUCCUUCCGAUCACAAGACAAAGGCUGAAGGUGGGGGUCUUUCACAUGUGGAAUGA